CCGCAACGUGGGCGGGCAUCCAACUAGUUGUAAAACAAAUAACAUAUUGUCAUUUAGAUCACCCAACCUUUGUUCAAUUGUUCAUCAGUCACCUCUCUGAAUCUACACAAUAAAACUAAACCCUAGAAAUCUUGACCCCAAAUUCUUCAUCCAAUGGAGUUUUGCCCUACUGUGAAGAAUAUUUUGCUUUUGGAUUCAGAAGGCAACCGCGUAGCGGUAAAGUACUAUUCGGAUGACUGGCCAACUAAUAGUGCUAAAGAAGCAUUUGAAAAAGCUGUGUUUACCAAGACUCAGAAGACAAAUGCACGUGCGGAAGCUGAGAUAACAAUGUUUGAAAACAACAUUGUUAUUUACAAGUUUGCCCAAGAUCUUCACUUUUUUGUUACCGGGGGUGAUGAUGAAAACGAGCUCAUUAUUUCCACAGUUCUUCAAGGUUUCUUUGAUGCGGUUGGGCUUUUGCUGAGGGACAAUGUGGACAAGAAAGAAGCACUUGAGAAUUUAGAUCUCAUUUUAUUGUGCCUUGAUGAAAUUGUUGAUGGCGGAAUUAUCUUGGAAACGGAUGCAAAUGUCAUUGCUGGUAAGGUUGCAGCCCACAGUAUGGAUUCUGGAGCUCCUCUCUCUGAGCAGACGAUAAGUCAAGCAUUGGCAACUGCACGAGAACAUCUUACAAGAUCUCUCCUCAGUGUAUGAUGAUGAUGAAGAUACAGUUUGGAGUCAAGCAAGCCUAGUUUCUUGAUUUGAAGUUGAAUUCUGCAGCCAAUGUAGGCAUUUUGUCUGAUGAGAUGAUCACCAUUUGCUUUGAAUUUUUUUUUUGGAAAAUUAGACACGGAAGUUCGCUUUUGCCUUAGAUAAUCACCAUUUGCUUUAAAUAUUCGUGUGGGGCAUAUAUUUCAUGUAAGCUUUUAUACAAGAUUUUAUAGUGUGACCAUGACUAAUGUAGGUCUACCCAUCUUCGUAAUAUUUGCAAAAAACACUUGGCCUGUGUGUCA